AUGGCAUCAGGGAGAGACACAAAAUGGCUGACCUUGGAGGUGUGUCGACAGUUUCAGCGUGGAAACUGUUCGCGCAGUGACGAGGAGUGCAAAUUUGCUCACCCGCCAAAGAGCUGCCAAGUGGAAAAUGGGAGGGUCAUCGCCUGCUUCGACUCGCUAAAAGGUCGGUGCUCGAGAGAGAACUGCAAGUACCUUCAUCCACCCUCACACUUGAAGACCCAGCUGGAAAUAAACGGGCGCAAUAAUCUCAUCCAGCAGAAGACAGCAGCCGCGGUGCUCGCCCAGCAGAUGCAGAUCAUGAUCCCAACAGCUAGUCUGCAGUCUGUGGGUCUCGGCACCAACUCUGGUCUUGGCUACGGUUCCUACUUGACACCCCUAAGCCACGGGAUGGGCCUCCUUCCUACAGACAUCCUGCCUACCAGCCAGGUUCUAGUUUCAGGCAGCCCGCCCAUCACCGUCCAGAGCUCGUCGUCGUCGUCUUCUUCUUCGCCCUCGCAGAAGCUCCAGCGCACUGACAAGCUAGAGGUGUGUCGGGAGUUCCAGCGAGGGACCUGCACUCGGGGCGAGACCGACUGCCGCUUCGCCCACCCCAGUGACAGCCCCAUGAUCGACACAGUGGACAACACAGUCACCGUUUGCAUGGACUACAUCAAGAGUCGCUGCAGCCGCGACAAGUGCAAGUAUUUUCACCCUCCUGCGCACUUGCAGGCCAAAAUUAAGUCCGGUCAGCAUCAGACAGCCAUGGCGGCCCAGGCUUCAGUUGCAGCCGUGACUCAGUCGACUGCCAAAGCAAUGAAGCGACCCCUCGAGGCAACUGUAGACCUGGGCUUCCCCCACAGCAUCCUGCAACCGCUACCAAAGAGAGCAGCUCUGGAGAAGAACAACUGGGCCAGCUCGCUGCUCAGCCCUAGUUUGUUGCACUAUCAGCAGGCUCUUGCCAAUACGCAGCUGCAGCAGCCCGCGGCCGCAUUCUACCCCGCAGGGUCUGUUCUGUGCAUGACUCCUGCGAACAGUGUCGAUCAUUCUCAAGUAACCCCCAGAAACAAAACUCAGUGCCACAAUGAUCCAGAUCAGCCCAUGUGUACAUACAAUGUCCUUGCCGCAUGCUGA